UACUCGUGUUGUUAGAAAUUAGAAACGUGGCAUGCGAACAGCGGUGCAUCCACGGCCAUGGAACUGACGCCAGUACCGCGCUUUUGGGCGUCUGGGGAAGGAAUUGCGCGGGCUGGCUGGCUGCGGACUGUGAUACGGCGCACCACCCAACUCUGUUUCACACUCCUGGCCACGCCUUUGUUGCUUGUCUGCCGACCAGAUGCUUAUGCCGGUAUACAUAUUCCAUAUAUAUGUAUUUUGCCGCUCUGCUCAGAACCGAGGUUCGCUCUGUCCGUUCUUUGUGUGCUUCUUCCUCAUGUUCGUUGGGGCUGCUCCUCACCAACAUCAAUCUUGGUACGGUGACGAAAGCACCACUUAGCCUUAGUUAGCACGCACUGACUUACUCACUCGCUCGUCUUCCCCCGUCUUCCUGGUUGCCCCAACACCCACUCCUUUUUCACUCCUGCCGCAGCCUUCCCGCUUCCCGACAAGUCCUCCACCACCACUCUCGUCCUGUCCUUUUGCCACAUCGACCGCCCGCUCCACUUCCCACCACUUACUCACUCACUCGACGAUACCCAUCGCGCCCUUCCCGGCAAGAUAGCAGCGACUGUAGCCCUCCUCCUGGCCCUCGCCAGCCCCGUGUCUCUGCACCAUGCCGCCCAACCCUCCUGCUGACCCGAGCGAGAGACCUCGCACGCCGCCUUCGUACAUCUCGACCCUUUCCGACGCGCUUGAGAGUCCCGUAACAUCAAACACAUCUCUUUUGGCCAACACCCUCAUCAACCCUGGCGACCACCGCCACGUGCGACCCACUCCGACUGUGGGAGUGCGGCAUGGCAGUUUCAUUGCUCGACGCGCUUUAAGACGACAGGAAGAACCGGAGAGACUUGAACGGAACCGCGCCAACCACCUGCGACAAGUGCUGGAUAGCCUUAGCCGCUUACCGGGCGACUCGCAAAUCGAAGCACCCUACGGAGACCGAGUCCCUAGCCAGAACCGUCUGUACGACUGGUCACCUGCCAGCCGGCCCGCCGACAACGACGACGUCUCCCAAGAAGAACUUGUCCAUAUCCUUUCUGGAGUGCGCCGUGACUAUCCAGAUACCCAUCCCAAUAUAUUGCGUGUGAUGGCGAGAUUCCAGUAUAACCACGAGAGGGGGAAUCGAGCAGAGCCACUGGUUCUAACUCGGACCACGCAUUCACGGUCGACCGCCGGCCGUCUAAGGUCUCCGGACACUCUAGAGAAUAUGCGGAGGCUAGCACGCCAGGAUGCCUACAGACUCGAAUCUCCCCAGCUGAGGCCUUUCACCAGGUCUUCGAGGAUUGCCAGGUACCGGGCCGAACGAGAUGCUCGGGAUCGAGAACGAGAACAAGGGGCUGAACGUCUGGGGCCACCUGCAAUGACCGAGAGGCCAACGUCGCAAGAACAGGAUCAAGCUCAGGAUCAAGCUCGGGAUCAAGCGCGGCUUCGCGACAUGCGUGCCCGAGUCGACUCGUACCAUAGGCGCCAUCUCGAGCGCAACACGGAUACAGCAUCCACGGGCUCUACCAUGAUGGAAAACACCAUCAAAUAUCUGUCGCGGAUAAGGUACUCCAACUGUCUGGACGACAGCCUGAACCAUGCGAUUGAUUUGGGCUUGAAAGCAAAGAAAAAGGAAUUUAACAACGAUCGCCACGAUUUCGUUGUGAUGCCUCAUCAAUUACCGUCACCGACAUACAGCUCCUGGUUAGCACCCGGUGCAGUCCUGUCGGGCUGCCAACAUGCGACGACGGACGUCCCUUCGAUCACGGUUAAUACAAAUGGAAGAAGACAUGCGACGACGGACGACGUCCCUUCGAUCACGGUUGAUACAAAUGGAAGAAGACAUGCGACGACGGACGACGUCCCUUCGAUCACGGUUGAUACAAAUGGAAGAAGACAUGCGACGACGGACGACGUCCCUUCGAUCACGGUUGAUACAAAUGGAAGAAGACAUGCGACGACGGACGACGUCCCUUCGAUCACGGUUGAUACAAAUGGAAGAAGACAUGCGACGACGGACGACGUCCCUUCGAUCGUGGUUAAUACAACUGGAAGAAGAAUGUAUGCAAGAAGGGGGCGUCCGGCUAUAUCAAGUUCCAUGGUGCGCGUACGUCGGCCCCACGAUUACAGACCCGGACGCGGUCAGCCGCCGCGCCAAACAGCGACAUCAAACAACCCCCAGCAAGACCGAUGGCCGGUCAAGGUCACAAUACAUUCCGUUGACUAUGAGCAAAUGUCUCUCUCCGCCACCAUGGAAGCGUACAAUGUGCCCUCCCACCCACAUCAACACCAAUCCUUGCUCGCUGCAACGGGUGAAGGCAAUGCGUCUUUUACACGCACUUCUUCCAUAACCACAUAUCUCGAAGGCGAGAUAUUAGACUUCAAUACACACACGCUCCUCACCGAAUCGUUCCAGUCCACUGCUCACAACGACGCAACUUAUUGGAGUAAGCUGCCUCCCUUCGAAAUCUACUCGGAUGCAGAAUUGAGGCAUAACCUAUCGAGCAUUCGAUGGUUCGAAGAUGUCCUCAGCAAAGAAUGGAUCUUGAUGCGCUGGAAAGAACGUUGCUUUGUGAAGCCAUACAAACCCCCCAGUGUCGACUCGCCUGCGCUCGAUCAAGUGAUGGAGUCAGAUUCCGAUCCAUUGCCCGCACCCUCGGACCCCCCGCAGCCUUCCUGGACCGUUGGGGCUGGGGAUACCGAACACGGAAUGUUCGAUGACUCGGGGUGCGGACUCACAAUCAGCGGAUUUUACUACGUUUGUCUAAGACGUAGCGAUGGCCGGUUGGAUGGCCUGUAUUAUGAUCCUCAGAGCAGCCCGUACCAGUGUUUGAAGCUCGAGAGUGUCAGGGGUGGUGCUUUACCCGCCUGGGAAUUCAAGUAG